ACAGAGUGCGUAUACUGUAUUUCUAAACACUAAAACAGAGUUGGAGUCAUUGCAGCUCAAGGUGGCACAACAAGCUGUGUAGUGUUAAGGCAAAAACCAAAACGUGCACCCCUUGGGGUCCCGAGAACCGAGUUUGGGAAACGCUGCCCUAUGUAGUCAGUCAUACAAGAAAAUAGAAUAUCAAGUGUGUCAUCUUAUAAGACCUUCCAGAACCAGCCUAUGGUUCUACUGUAUGCCUCUUUCCUUCAUUACCCCCACCAUACUACUGUUCAGACAUGGUAUCAUGACUUCCUGUGUACAGUCAAUGUAUAAUGUUUCCCUUAUAUUAGAGGCCGUGUUUGUUUGGGACUGCCAUGUUGCGAAAACUAAAUGGUCGGGGGCCAAACUGUGAUAGAUUUCAUCAUUCAAGUCUCGGCCUAGUCUUUACAGUACAGGAAUGUGGAGCUACAAAAUAAUUCAAGGACACUUGAGUGGGAUCAAUGAUGGGACUUGACUCCACAAUAAUAUCCAAGUAAACAUUUUGGUUUGGUUUUACUCGGCCCAGUGAACUGCAUCCCACGUCUAUCUGGACUCCCUCAGGGCAAGAAGAGUGGGGGUGGGCUCUCUUUCGGAGUACCGACAUUCUCCCGAAAUAGCAGGAGAGAGGGCGUCAUCGCUGGAAAAACAGCCGUUGCACUGGGAUUGCAACACUGACUGUCCUGUUGCUACCUCUCAACUGUGUGAGCUCCUCCAGUUAUCUUUGAGUCAGGAAACUCAUCUUGUGGGGAUAUGACUGGUCGACGUUUGAGCAUUCAGCCUUAGAAGAGGAAAAUCCCUGAUUCUCUGUUGUGACCCUUGUUCUCUUGUAGACAACAGCUCCUCAUUAAGGCAGAAUGAGAGAGAAGCUGGCUGCCAUGUCGCGAUCGCUAUGCCCCAGCUCGCAGGCCGAGUCCAGCGACGACCUAAAGACACCGAAUGGCGGCAAAGAAAAGAUGCAAAUGAAGCGCGAGAUUUCCCUCCCCAAUGGCAUCUGCCUCAUCGUGGGGAACAUGAUUGGCUCUGGAAUCUUUGUCUCGCCUAAAGGCGUCCUCAUGCACAGCGGCUCCUAUGGGCUAUCGCUAGUUAUCUGGGCUCUCGGCGGCAUCUUUUCCGUUUUCGGAGCACUGUGCUAUGCAGAGCUGGGAACCACGAUCACCAAAUCGGGCGCUAGUUACGCCUACAUCCUGGAGUCGUUUGGCGGUUUCCUAGCUUUUAUCAGGCUGUGGACGUCCAUCCUGCUCAUUGAGCCGGCCAGCCAGGCGGUCAUCUCGCUGACCUUCGCCAACUAUCUAGUGGAGGCGUGGUACCCCACCUGCCAGCCCCCCUACGAUGCCAUCCGCCUCAUUGCUGCCGCCUGCAUCUGCAUGCUUAUCUUUGUAAACUGUGCCUAUGUUAAGUGGGGAACCAUGGUCCAGGAUCUGUUCACCUACGCCAAGCUCAUGUCACUCAUCCUCAUCAUCAUUAUAGGUAUCAUGAAGAUAGCCAAAGGAGAAACCCAGAACUUUCAGAAUCCGUUUGAGGGUUCCUCCACAGAGCCUGGCCCUAUAGCUCUGGCCCUCUACUCUGCUCUGUUCUCCUACUCUGGCUGGGACACACUCAACUUUGUCACAGAGGAGAUCCAGAACCCAGAGAGGAACCUGCCUCUGGCCAUUGCCAUCUCCAUGCCCAUUGUGACCAUCAUCUACCUGCUGACCAAUGUGGCCUAUUACGUGGCUCUGGACAUGCCCUCUCUACUAGCCAGUGACGCUGUCGCCGUGACUUUUGGAAAUGCGGUCCUGGGACCGUUCAAAUGGAUCAUUCCCAUUUCCGUGGCCAUGUCCUGCUAUGGAGGACUCAACGCCUCCAUAAUCGCUGCCUCCAGGUUGUUCUUCGUGGGGGCGAGAGAGGGACACCUUCCAAACAGUCUGAGUAUGAUCCAGGCGGAGCGCUACACACCUGUCCCCGCCCUCAUAUUCAACGGGUUGAUGGGCUUGAUCUUUCUGUGCGUGGAGGACGUGUUCCAGCUCAUCAACUACUUCAGCUUCAGCUACUGGCUCUACGUGGGCCUGUCUGUGGCCGGCCUCAUCUACCUGCGCUUCACUCAGCCAGACAGACACAGACCUGUUAAGCUCUCCCUGUUCUUUCCCUUCGUUUACUGCCUGUGCAGUCUGUUCCUGGUCAUCGUCCCUCUGUACGGCGAUACCAUUAACUCCCUCAUAGGGAUCGGCAUCGCCCUGUCUGGAGUGCCUGUCUACUACGUGGCCAUAUACCUGCCUGAAGACAGGAGGCCCAAGUUUAUAUCCAGACUAAAUGCCUGGGUCACCAAAUACACCCAGAUCAUGUUGUACUGCUGUCUGACUGAACUUGAUGUGGAACCAGAGAAGCUAGGAGACAGCAAAACUCAGUGAGGAGGCCUGGUGGCACCCCUCUCCUGGCCCAUGCCACGCAUGAUGCACAUGCCUGGAACACGAGACCUGACUGAGCCAUGCGUGGACAAAGGCUGCACUGAAGGGUUGGCUGGUGGGGGCUCGAUGCUUGCCCAAGUACCACAUUGCAUUCUCAAAGGCUUUCCAUGUCUUGAGGACAAAAAGAGGAGCUGGUACUUGAUCAUGUGCGAAGAAACUGAUAACUGUGGGAUUAUAAUUUUUUUGGUGAACAUUAUAUUUUCCUAUAAGAGCAUGACUGCUCAUUGUGUAAUAUGCUCAUGGUAAUGUAAUGUAAUGUGCUUACCCAUGCUCUUCUUCAAGUGUUUAUACCUUAAUGUUCCUCCAAGAGGUUUGCCUAGUUAUUUCUUUGGAUAGCACUUACAGUACAUGUCCUACAGUUCUGACAGUCAACAGUCUUUGGCUUGUCUUUUUGUGCUGAGUCACUGAGUCACUUUGUGCUGAGUCACUAAGUGGGGGUCUGACAAUGUUAUGACUUACAAAACAUGGCCGAAUGGACCAAUCGGUAUGCUGUAAAUUACAUACAGUAGAACUAAUCACAUAACGUAUGUAUUAAUUACAAUAUGAGCUCUCAAACAGGGAUUUUAUUAUUAAAGUGUUUGGUUUUUAAUUGCUCAAUGAUUAUAUUUCAAUGCGCUAGUACCUAAAACUGUUGUGGCCUACCAUUUUAUUUAGCUAGGCUUGGGCUCCAAUGCAACCCAUUUUUAUCUCAAUAUCAAAUCAUUUCUGGGUAACAAUUAAAUACCUUACUGUGACUGUUUUUCAAAUAAAAUGGACAAAAAGAAACAAAUAGCUUCUUAGCAAAGAGUAAUUUCUCAAGCAAGAAUUUUGCUAGGACUAUCUGUGAGUGGUCUGAGUGGGGAGGGGAAAACUGAAAACUAGUCGUUAUUGAUAGAGGUUUGGAACUCUUUCUUAUUGGUCUGUUAACCAGUUUACCACGUGGUGAUGUCACCGGGCAGACCAAUACGCCAUCCCACCAAAUCAGGCUGAAAUUUCAGGCAGUCUUUUUAAACAGCUUUUUACACUAAAAUGGCAUUAUCAUAAUUUUCACUAUUUCACAGUAUUAUUCCAACUUCAUAGUGCAGACAUGUAAACAAAACACAGGAAAUCACAUUUUUGAUAACACUAGGCCUUUAAAGCUCUGAGUUACUCAGGGUCAAUAGCACUGUAUAUCACUUUUAUAGUGGCCUGAAUCGUGUUAUAUUUGAUGUUUUCAUGAAGCUAGAGACUUAAAGUAGUCGUCAGGGCUAUUUGCAAAGUAUAAUUUUCAAAUCGUUUGGAUGUUAGGCAAUCUGGCACACGUGGACCACUGUCACAACUUUUUUCUCUGUUUCCUCAGCCCACCUUCUCCCUUUACCAACCUUAUCCUAUCCCUCUCUCCUUUACUCCAUUUCUUUUCCCUUCAUUAUUUUUCUCUGUCUCUCUCUUCCUCGUUCUUGGGAGAUGUUACAACACCUGAUUAGGGUGUAGUUAUGGCUUUUGACAUUUUGAUAAAGAUUUGAUUGAUCCUUACCCAAAAGGUGUUCCAUUUUACGUUCUUGAGCAUAUGAGUUAAAGCUGUGAUUAGUCAAAUCAUGUGUUGUUUCCUUGUUACCAUAAUUGUCUAGUAUGAAUUAAAUAUUAAAUAUCUAUUUUCAUAUCUCGCAUACCUCUAAAGCCUUUUCAUUUCCAAGGCUCAUGUUAUGUCAAGAGUUGACCUGCUUUUAAACUGCUGUCUAAUCAAAACAUCUAAUUAUAGCAUUUCACAUCUUUAAAUAAUAUGGUAGCUCCACUCCUAAUCCUGAAAGGCAUCAUCCUCACACAGUGCACCCCCCAGGGAGUGGAGAGACCUUGAGCUUGUAGUAGAUUGUAUAACAGGUGGCAGACAAUGUAUGACAGGAAGACUUGUGAACUGUAUUGUCAUUGUUUUUGAGAGGGACAUUUAUGACGAAAUGUGAGGUAUAUAGACCAAUGUACAGGAAAUGAUAGGGAGAAUGUUCCUGUAAAUAAACAUUUGACUAUUGUAGA